AUGACACACGAAUACAAAAUUACCGAAAGAUACUAUCAUGUUGCUAUCAAAGACAUCAAACGUUUCUCAAAAUCUUAUUCAAAAUGUUAUUUAAAUAUGUUUACAUUAUUAAUGCAUACAAAAUGUGACACACGUGAUAAGCUGACAAUCCACCAGAUUGUAUUUAUAACUUCACAAGGUACAGAUGAAGGUGUGAAUUCUGAAAACAGUCAAUUCUCAAGGGCUGCUCAAAAGCAAAACAUUACUAUGCAAGCCUUCCAAUGUGUUAAUAUGUCAACAUCAAUUCCCAAAAAUGGUGCCACUGGCACUGAUCUUUGUUACACCGCAUUUGGCAAUCGCGACUUUUGUAUGCGACAG